AUGGCACUUAAGUAAUUGCCGUUCCUCUCGAGUUUAUGUAACUGGAAAUGAUAGAUGGUGUUUAAAUAUUUGGUGUUUUAUCAUAUUAAUGUGCAGCGUGAGUCACUUAAUUUCGCCACCGGUAGAUCAUUUGAUAUAUGGGAAAAUGGUUUAAGCAUGAGUUGCAUAGCGUUAAUGAAGUCGUGCGUCGUAUUUCUGUAUCGUUAUUUUUUUAUACUUUAUAUCCUUAUAUCUCGUGUUUGAUUUGUUUUUAUUUCUACAUUUUCAAUUCUCAAAGGAGAUCAUCUUGCAAAUUAUCUGAAUGUCUUUUCGAGUUGCAAAAUAAAAUGCAACAGACUGUAACAUUUGAAAAGUUCAAAGGUGACACUCGUAUAUCUCUUGAAAGGAACAACAUAAUAAAAUUAAUUAAUAAAAAUUAAUAUCAUACUUACACAACUUUCGUUUGAAUCAUUUUGGAAUGAAUUUCAAGUAAGAAUUAUUGGUGCUUUUUUUUAUGGAUGAGGUUUUUCCAAAAUUAUAAAAAGAUGCUUGAAGGGAUAUUAAACGUGAGAAAGAAAUAAGAAGAUUACUAAUAAAUAGAAAUUAAUGAACAGAAUGGCUAAUAAAUGAAAGUUUGUUCCACCUUCUAAAUAAUGUAAUAAGUCACACUUGUUUUAUUUUAGAUAGUUUGCACAUUUUUACAUACAAUGUGGACACUUGCAUUGUGUACAUAGUUGCACAUUCAAUUUCUCUGAUAGUCCAAUCAUAAUAUUGCUUCUGUUAGCAAGUAAACCUUUCAAACGUCAUAGGGAAACAAUGACUCUGUGUCUUGAAAACAAUAUACCGGGUCGCUGAAAUUUAUGCAUACCUUCGAGAGAGUGAAGAACAUGGAAUCAUUCCAGCAGAGACAACAGAGUAUAAUCGUUGCUGCCAGUAUCAGAUCCUUGUACAUUCAAAUGGCCGAGCAUAUCGUCAAAUAUUUUUACGGAUAAAGUUCACAGUGAAAUUGUUGGCGAAUAUAUUUAAAAUUGACUUUUUUUUUUUUUCUUGCGCGAAAAUGUAAAAAUUCUUACACUUGCAAAGUGAUUUUAAAUAAUUUCGGAAUAAGGUAGAUUUUGCUUUCAAUCAAACAGAGAUUGAGAAACUUCUGCAGGAAAAUGUAAAGCUAAAUAAUCGUGUAUACAAAUCUUGUAUGACGUUUCUUUUUUGAGUGUAUUUAUAUACUGCGGUACGUGAUUAAUCUACCUUUAUUAAUUACCGUGCGUCAGUUUCGCAGUAGUUGGUAUCAAAGAUAAUCUCGUUUUUAUACACUUCACGCUUUCCAUCCCAUUAAAUUCCCGCUAAAAAUUAUACUUAUAUAAUUAAAAAAAAAAAGAGGAGAAAUUCAAUUCUCGAAGUAUUAAUACCAUGUAUUUAAAAGAAUAUUCUUCUAUUAUUAAAUAUUCUAUUUAAUAAUAUUCUUCUAACAUAAGCACUAAUCACCUAACUUUCGAUUAGUACCUUUUCCAGACGCAAAAUCCAUUGGACCCGUCGCUGGAGAAGCUGAUCGAGUCGCUGAAGAUCUUCGACCGGUUGUUCGCCGAUUUCGAGUUGUGCUACGUGGGCGCCAUGGUGCCGGUGAAAUCGACGAAGGAGUACGAGCAGCAAGAGCUCGUGUGCGUUUUAUUUUCGGAGACGCUGCAGAGAGCUCUCGAACGUGGAUUGCUCAGCCAGGCCGACGUGGAUAAUUACGAGCCAGCUCUGAUGUUUACUAUUCCUCGUUUGGCGAUUGUUUCUGGCCUCUUGGCUCCGCCUGGAGGCCCUCUGUGCCUCAAUUCCCCCGACAGCAUCAGCGAAGUGUUUAGACCUUUUAGGUCGCUGCUCAUCAAAAUACGAGAGCUCCUCUGGACGUUGAACAACCGCGAGCUGCACAUGCUGGAGAAGCUGCUGUGCUCGAGCGAAGAGCCGCCAGGCUCGAUCAAACAAUCGUCCAAGUCGUCCGCGUGCGAGGACAUCCCCGACCUGGAGGAGUUCGUUCACAAUUUUUAUACCGGCUACCCGAACUGUAAAGACUUCAUCGUAGAUUUUUACACAGUGACGAAGAACACGGGGAACAAUAUGGACGAGGUGGCGGACGAUGUGGUACAGAUCCUCGAGGAGGAGAGCCGUUUGACCGAGGGGAACAGCGAUCAGGAUGAGGAGAGCCGCGAGACGACGAGAGCGGAGCUCGGGCCUAAUCGCUUAAACAUAUCCGCGAACGUGUACGAGGAGGCUGUGAGGUGUAACAGUGACGCGAGGACAUCGAGUGAACGGGAGAGUGUCGGUGACGAGGUGCAUUAUCACGUGAAGAAAGCGGCCAGUUCGUCGAACAGCAGUAGAUACUUGUCUUGCGAGGACAGCCCGUGCUCGAGGAGGAUAGAACGCGCCGCGAGUUCUGCAUCCGUGUCCGAUUCAAUCGAUGAGUUCAUCACGUCGGACAUCAGCGAGAUACUCGGUAGCUCGGACAACAUCGAGAUCCCUCAGACGCAGUACCUGCUGAACCAGGUCUCGCACGAGAACAACGUGACCGGCGAGACGGUGCACAUUCAGAACUCGUUGCCCGACCUGGACUCGAAGAAGCUGAUCUCCGAAGCGAACAAAACGUUGUCGAACUUGUUGCUCGACGGCGAGUGCCAGAACGAGAUCUCCGAGCAGACCGACUCGGGGAUCUGCACGGUGAUCUCGUCGGAGAACACGAGCCUGUACGACAAGAGCCCCGAGGAGAAGAAGACGUUCGCGAACGAGAUCCAGCAGGAGAGGCACUGCCUGGACGACGAGGACACGCAAGAGAACACGAGUUACUCUUGCUCGAACUUGAACUCGCCGAAGAGGAAGAGCUCGACGAUAUCGGACAACUCGUGCGUCUGCAGCCUGAGAAGCGUGAAGACGGUCGCGUCGUUGGAUCAUUCGAUCGAGGUGCACAACCUGCACGCGGCGAACAACGAGGCGAACGUGAAACACAUUCCGCGGAUAUCGUCGAACUUCGACGGGACGAACGAGGAGUUCGUCGGCGUCGCGUACGGUAACGGGCAGAUCUCCGUCUGCGACUCGAAUCAGUCCAGCUUUCAGAUCAACUACACGGAGAACUGGGAGAAUCUGAACUUGAGCAUCGACGCGUCCACCUCGAGGAAGGAGUUCUGGAGCGAUCUCAAGUGCGAGAACUGUCCGUCCACGUCGCAGAACAUGGAGAAGAUCGGCACGAAGAUCGAGCAGUACGCUCAGGACAAGAUCGCGACGUCGAAGAAGACGAAGGACGAGAAGCAGAAACGGCGACACCAGCGCAAGCACGAGAGAAACGGUCAGAAGCUGCACGCCGCGCAGAACUUUCACAACGUUCGCUCGUCGGCGAGCACGGAGAGCUCCAGAUCGAACUCGAUGGAUCGUUGCUUGAAUCCUAGACUGAUCAGCUACGGGGCCAGUUUGCACCCGAGCCAGAACACCAGGCAGAUGCCGAAUUUCGGGAGUCACAGCCCCCGCGCCAGUCCCCGAUUGCAGCACUUCGAAACACGCAGCACGCCGGGAUCCGGCCAGAGAACGUGCAGCGUCGCGUCCAAAGCUCAGAGAAACUUGUCCCCGCAAAACAGGAAGCUUCUCGAUCACAGGAGGUCCAGGUCGGAGCAGAUCAUCCGGAUGAAGAGGAGAGACUUCGAGAGGAAGGACAGGCACGAGCGAGCUAAUCCUAGACCAGAACAGACCAAGAGGAAGUUCGGAAGCAGAAGUCCUAGCGAACUUCUGAACGAUGGUUUGGGACCAAGAACGGACAAGAGUGGCCUGGCGAGCGAGUUGAUCUCGCCGGUUCACGCUACGCAGGACCCGUCGUACGGGACGCAGAGAGACAAUAACUCGCAGAGGACGACGACGCGAGCUGUGAGACUGGUGAACGCGUCCACGGUUCAAGGGACGCAGUCGAUCGGUUCGGAUCGCACGUUGGUCCACAAGCCGGACGUUGCGUCCAGCUCGAGCUGUUCGAGCUGCUGCGACUCGAGUUCGGAGACCAGCGAGUUUCAGAGCGAUUGCCAGGACGACGAGGAGAUAGCUCUGGCCAUGCAGGCUGCCGAGAUUGCGAACAAUUAUAAGAUCCGAGCGAAAUUUCGAUCAUCCGAGGAUCUCGUUCAUCGUCUGUUCGUUUGCAUAGCCGGUGUGGCAGAUCAAUUGCAGACGAAUUUCGCAUCGGAUCUGCGUAAUAUCUUGAAGUGCGUGUUCCUGAUGAACAGCAGUCAAGUGGUGGAGGAAGAGAUGAAGGACGAAAGCAUAGUGUCUGAGAAUCCUGUGACAAGCCCGUUGAACGACACAGUUACCAACCACGAUCGACAGGAUUUGCUACAAGAGUACGAGGAUGAUUUGGAAGAGACUACCGAUCAUAAUACGUCGUCUCCCAUAACCGAGCGUGGCGAGGAGUGCGUGGAAAGAGCGCCAGCCUGGGUCCCGGACAACGACGCACCCCGUUGCAUGGCGUGUCAAGCAGGGUUCACGGUGGUGAGACGUAGACACCAUUGCAGAAAUUGCGGCAAGGUGUUCUGCGGCCGUUGUAGCAGCAAUAACGUUCCCCUGCCCCGUUACGGGCAUACGAAGCCUGUCAGGGUGUGCAACAGGUGUUUUCUCUAUCAGGUGACGCCGUUCACGGUGUCGCCAGUGACGCAAGCGAGCUGAACUUUGGGAUGACAAGGUGUGUGAUGAGAGAGAGUUUGUAGGAAAUGAAUCGUUCAUGUGGUUUUCUCCUUCCUCCUUUCUUUUUUUUUUUUUUUUUUUUUUUUUUCUCUCUGCUUCUUCAAAGAAGGGAGACGUAUCUUUUCCCUUUUCUUUUUAUAACGACCCUGUACACGUUCUUUUCUUUUUUUUUAGUUUUACAAAGUAUGAGCAUAAACAUGUAUAUAUGCAGGGUGUCUCAUAUAACUUUGUCCAGCUUAAUUAAUCUCCUCUGCACUGAAUAACUUUCGUUAAUAAAAUUUAUUCACAUCUCCAAGAACAACAAAGGGUAGUUCAAGAUGGACGAAAUUAUUGGGACAUUCUGUGUACUACAAUUCAUAAAGGUAUACGUUCACGUUAGCAAGUAUUUUCCUUGGUGGUGUGUUCUUUCGAUUUUCGUCUUGGGUUUGCGAGAUGUUUCUUUUUUUGGUGUGUGAAUUUUAGUGAAACUGUAUUUCCAGAGGAAUAUUCGAUGACGAUUGUUCGAUCUUUCGUUUUUUAAAUUUUUGAUUGUAAAAAAAGAUAUCUAAUUUAAGAUAGUUUUAUAUACAUACGUUAGAGAGAGUUAUAGAGUUGAAAAAUGAAAUUGACGAUUACUGUUGAAGUUUCAGUUUUUAUUUUAUUUCCUUAGAACGACGUUAAUAUAUUUUCUGAGCAAAAAUGAGAAAGUACGUCACGUAGAUUCGUAAAUAUUCAUUAAAAAGUGAAAGAAUAUAACGUAACGUUAGACCAGCUUUUGUUUGAUAAAAUAUAGAAAUUCAUUUUAAAGUGUUACCCUGUUUAUAUAAAUUGGUAUCUAAAACCCAGAGUCUAAAAUAAUAUGUAUGAAAAAUUGAAUUAGCAAUUUCAAUGAAAAUAUUCUCAACAUUACAUUAAUUUUCGUCGUAUAAGUGCUUUCUUCACGAAAUGAAUUUUCAGUCUAUAUUAUAUCUACUGAUUUUCGAAAACUGAACAAUUAUGUUUGUUGUCUCUUGAAUUAUAUUUUUUGUUACAAUUUUUUAAUAAAACAUUUAUGAGCCCGCCUUUGAUUUCUUUUUUCACUCACAACAUAUGCUUACGAUAUUUUAUAUAAAAAGAGAAAGAAAAAUCUGGAACGCUUAUAUUCACGAUAAUAACAGGAAAAACUAUUUGCAUAUUGCGUUUAAGAAUUUUUUAAAUCACUUUUAAAUCACCCUCCUGCUAAUCACAAACGAAUCACUCUUCAAACGAAAGAACAAAUAGUACAGUUUCAUUUAACUAUCGAAUAUCAUACAUAAAUAAGGAAUGUUCUUCGUUAAAAAUUAAUUAGCGAGAAUCGUUGAAGAUCGAAGGAACAAUGAACACUACUCGAUCGUUCUUUGUGUUAUUUGUACACUUAAAACUGUAAAUUUCAAGUAUAUGUUAGCGCUGAUUGCUGCUAUUUUUACGAUCGUGAUCGAAGAUUUUUUUUUAAGCCAAUUUCCAAAACCUAUGCCAUACCGUAAUUUAAUCCAAUUUUUACGCGUUUUUAAGUGAUAAGGUGUUGCAAAACGAAAGAAAAAAAAAAUAUUCGCAGUUGUUGGUUUCUUAUUUAAAACACGUGUAUGCGAUUAUACAAGUAUUAUACAAAGUAUUUCUUGUAUAUCGUGGCCUCUUUUCUAUUUUUCAUCCAUCUUCAUCCGCGUUCCGAUUUAAUUUUUAUCUUCCUCUGUUAAAAAUGUUCAUUUGUUAGUAACAAACAAUACACACAUACACGUACAACAUUCUUUCUUUCUCUUUUUUUUUUUUUUUCUUAAUCGGAUUAUGAAAUGUUGGAUAUAACUUCAAAUGCGAGACAAAGAUAGUAUGAAAUGUCGCAAACGAGUAUUAUUUUCGUUUGUUUUGCUGGGAUUAAAAAUCCAUGAUGUGUUAUUGAAGUAUAAUAUUUAUUUCAUCUGCGAUUGUGAGGGAAAACGCCUGUCACACGUUUUUAUUUUGGAGAUCAACAUCAUUUCUUUCAUUGUCAGUUCUUAUUAUCAGCUUUCAUUGUUUUAUUUUUACAGUACAAAUGUGCAUUUCCUUCUUUUCACGUAUUUGUGUUGUUUUUCUUCCUCUUUACGUUCACCUACACGUGAUAUUCUUUUUUGAUUUUAGCGAUACAAGCGGAUCAUAAAUAUUACAAGCAAAAUUAGUAAAAAUGGAAAAUAAAAGGCAAUUAUAAAGGAGCAGUAUGAGCAAUCUGUUGUAUUCUGCAAUUUUGUAAAAUUGUGCUGUUUUUUUUUUUUUCAAUGUUUUUCUUUCGGUUAAAUUAUUUUUCUGGACCUAUAAAGUUUGUUUUUGUCCAUUUUUUCCCUUGUGAUAAACGUGUAAAUUGCAUGAUCCACGAUUCGAUUAAUCUGUGAAUUCAAGUUCUUUAAAAACUGUGAUUUAACAUUGUCGCGUUUCUUGUUUCUUUGCAACUACAGAUAUUAUCGUCAAGAUGUCGAGAAAUACAUAGUUUUACACCGAGUUCUUCAUCCAACAGGGACAACGAGAUUUAAGUUUCUGCAUCGUUUUUUGUACAGAGUCAGCAGGAGAUUUCGAGUUUCAUAGAAAGUUAGAGAUUUCUCUGGCUCUGGAACGAAAUAAGAUAAAGUGUAUGGAGAAAUCUAAAAUUUAAAAAUACAACAGAGAAAUCGUGUCUGCGUUUUAAGCUCGGUAUAAAAUUACAUAUCUCUUUAGUAAUUCUGCUAAACGAAUAAUAAUAGUUUAUAAAUAUCACGCAAUCAGUACACACAGUUUUGUAAUAAUUUUCUUAUUCAUUUUUUUUUUUAAAUAAUCCUUUGAACAUUUAUACAGUGUAAGAAUUGAAAUUUUUCCACGAAGAUUCAUUUAUUUUAAUUUCUUUAUAUUUUUCUCCGUGAGAAGUUAUAUCUACAUUUUACGACAGAUGUGUAUAAGUAUAGUACAUCGAUUUAUAAAAAGGCGAGGAUUAUUGUUAGAGUUGUUCAUAGACUAUAUUGGAUGCGACGAGUUUUUAUGUCACAAGUGAGAAUGGAACGAUUCGCGUAGUGUAAGAAUUUGUUGAAAUUUUGAAAUAAACUUUGUUACAAGACAUGAUGUUCAUUUUAUUUAAAAUCAACAAAAAAUGUUUAGAAAGAAAGGUCCAGGUAAUGAAUACAAUUUUAUGCAACGUUUAUUACAUACGUUCAAUGUGACAGAUUAAUUUUUACCUCUUUUAUUUUGCUCAUGUUAUUCACAAUGAAUAAAAUAACCUGACAAAGGAAUUUAUUUCAAAAUUUCAUGUAUAUUCAAGAUUUAAUUGUAUUAAUAAAAAAAAAGUCAGAACAUUUAUAAAGUACAUAAAUGUAUAAUUCGAUACAUUGCAAAUAUUUAUGAAAGCUUAUAUUGCAUAAAUUUAAUAUUGCGCAAUUUUUACAUUAAAAAAUACUUCUUUUAUCUUGGAAUAUUACUUGAUGUUCAUAAACGAAUUCAUACAGAAAUAAUUGAAAUAACAAAUGAAAGAAUUUACUUUAAAACUUCACACAGUGUAUAUUCGAAACUCAAUGUAGAAAAUUAAAAUAUAAAAUAUAAAAAUUUAUUACACGUAUAUAAAGGUUCGUUGGAAAAAUUUCCGUGUUAAAAUUUAUUUCAUUUAUUUUCACAGAUAAACGGAAAAGAAGAGUAA